GGGGUUGGCGGCCACAGCCAAGUCCAAGACCAGCAUGUCACUGCAGAGAAUCGUGCGUGUGUCCCUGGAGCAUCCCACCAGCGCGGUGUGUGUGGCUGGCGUGGAGACCGUCGUGGACAUUUAUGGGUCAGUGCCUGAGGGCACAGAGAUGUUUGAGGUCUAUGGGACGCCUGGAGUGGACAUCUACAUCUCUCCCAACAUGGAGAGGGGCCGGGAGCGUGCAGACACCAGACGGUGGCGCUUUGACGCGACUUUGGAGAUCAUCGUGGUCAUGAACUCCCCCAGCAAUGACCUCAACGACAGCCAUGUUCAGAUUUCCUACCACUCCAGCCACAAGCCUCUACCCCUGGCCUACGCGGUGCUCUACCUCACCUGUGUUGACAUCUCUCUGGAUUGCGACCUGAACUGUGAGGGAAGGCAGGACAGGACCUUUGUAGACAAGCGGCAGUGGGUCUGGGGGCCCAGUGGGUAUGGUGGCAUCUUGCUGGUGAACUGUGACCGUGAUGAUCCAAGCUGUGGUGUCCAGGACAACUGUGACAAGCACGUGCGCUGCCUGCAAGACGUGGAAGAUAUGUCUGUCAUGGUCCUGCGGACGCAGGGCCCUGCAGCCCUCUUUGACGACCACAAACUUGUCCUCCACACCUCCAGCUAUGAUGCCAAACGGGCACAGGUCUUCCAUGUCUGCGGUCCUGAGGAUGUCUGUGAGGCCUAUAGGCAUGUGCUGGGCCAAGACAAGGUGUCCUAUGAGGUACCCCGCUUCCAUGGGGAUGAGGAGCGCUUCUUCGUGGAAGGCCUGUCCUUCCCCGAUGCCGGCUUCACAGGACUCAUCUCCUUCCAUGUCACUCUGCUGGACGACUCCAACGAGGAUUUCUCGGCAUCCCCUAUCUUCACUGACACUGUGGUGUUCCGAGUGGCACCCUGGAUCAUGACACCCAGCACUCUGCCGCCCCUAGAGGUGUACGUGUGCCGUGUGAGGAACAACACGUGUUUUGUGGAUGCGGUGGCAGAGCUGGCCAGGAAGGCCGGCUGCAAGCUGACCAUCUGCCCACAGGCCGAGAACCGCAACGACCGCUGGAUCCAGGAUGAGAUGGAGCUGGGCUAUGUUCAGGCGCCACACAAGACCCUCCCAGUGGUCUUUGACUCCCCAAGGAAUGGGGAACUGCAGGAUUUCCCUUACAAAAGAAUCCUGGGUCCAGAUUUUGGUUACGUGACUCGGGAACCACGCGACAGGUCUGUGAGUGGCCUGGACUCCUUUGGGAACCUGGAGGUCAGCCCCCCAGUGGUGGCCAAUGGGAAGGAGUACCCCCUGGGGAGGAUCCUCAUUGGGGGCAACCUGCCUGGGUCAAGUGGCCGCAGGGUCACCCAGGUGGUGCGGGACUUCCUUCAUGCCCAGAAGGUGCAGCCCCCCGUGGAGCUCUUUGUGGACUGGUUGGCCGUGGGCCACGUGGAUGAGUUUCUGAGCUUCGUCCCUGCCCCCGAUGGGAAGGGCUUCCGGAUGCUCCUGGCCAGCCCCGGGGCCUGCUUCAAGCUCUUCCAGGAAAAGCGGAAGUGUGGCCACGGGAGGGCCCUCCUGUUCCAGGGGGUUGUUGAUGAUGAGCGGGUCAAGACCAUCUCCAUCAACCAGGUGCUCUCCAAUAAAGACCUCAUCAACUACAAUAAGUUUGUUCAGAGCUGCAUCGACUGGAACCGUGAGGUGCUGAAGCGGGAGCUGGGCCUGGCCGAGUGUGACAUCAUCGACAUCCCGCAGCUCUUCAAGACCGAGAGGAAAAAAGCAAUGGCCUUCUUCCCUGACUUGGUGAAUAUGCUGGUGCUGGGGAAGCACCUGGGCAUCCCCAAGCCCUUCGGGCCCAUCAUCGACGGCCGCUGCUGCCUGGAGGAGAAGGUGCGAUCCCUGCUGGAGCCGCUAGGCCUCCACUGCACCUUCAUUGAUGACUUCACUCCAUACCACAUGCUGCAUGGGGAGGUGCACUGUGGCACCAAUGUGCGCAGAAAGCCCUUCUCCUUCAAGUGGUGGAACAUGGUGCCCUGAGACAGCUCCCACCCACCAUCCUGUCCCCCUGGGGCAGGCAUUGGCCCAGGUGGUGGAGACAGAGACAGGCCCCUGAACGAUAAGCACCAAGAGACCCCAAGGCUCCAGAUGGAACACGGAGGGUGACCGUCCCUCUCAGAAGCCUUUUCCCUGGAAGUGUCCAUGCCUCACCUACAACCCAUGUGGUUCUCAGACUUGAAUCUUCUUGGCCCCACAAAAAGAAGGACCUCAUUUCUUACACCCUCUCCUGUGAUUCAACACAACCCAUGGAGAUGUCCCCUCUUCACUCUGAAAUCAUCCAUUUGGGGACAAAUCCACAUUGGGGUCUAGAAACAUCCAUGUAUCUCAUCAGCCAUCUUGUCCUGUUUAUCCUAACAGAGGAAGGAUCCAUGAUUCUGCUUUGGUCCAAUUGCUUCCUCUCUGCAGAGGAACAACCCUAAAACCAGAUCACUCCGCACAGGACAGGCAGGGGAGAUUCUUCC